AUGACUUGUAAACCGCUUUUACUAUUAUUUACAAUCGGAAAUGUUUACUGCCAGCAGAGGCAGAACAUUACACAACUCCUGCAAAAUGUCAACGAGAUAUACGACCAACCCAGCCGGCCCUCACCCAGCUACCCGCCUUCUAUGGCGUUCCUCUUCAUCUUCAUGACGCUAUUUGUCGGAGUUCUCGUCAGAAUUGUCAUGCUAUGGACCAGCAUGUGCAUCCCUUUCAGAAUAAUCAUGUUCGCAUUGGGCGGUCUCGCCGGAUUCUGCGCGAACCGCUUCCCCGACUUCAAGCCGAUCGUUCAAGUGUGCUACACCGAUGUCGAAAUUCUGCUAAUAGUGUUUCUGCCUAUUAUAAUCUUCAACACGGCAUAUUCCGUCGAUGCUCAUUCGUUUUGGAAGAGUUUCCCCCAGAUAGUCCUAGUGGCCGUGCCGGGCGCUCUGAUGACCGCUCUCCUAGCCGCGUUCAUGGCGUAUUAUCUAGUAGAUACCAGUUGGAAUUUCGGAGCUUGUAUGCUGUUCGGUGUGACCUGCAUUCCAAUAUACCCCGGCGAGGUCGUGAGGCAAUUGAAAGAAAUGAGCCAUGGAAAGUUCGUAAGCGUUCUGCUACUAGGAGAGGGCUUGAUAGGCGACGCGACGGCGAUGAUCACGUUCACCGCCACCUUCGGCUACGUGUCUAUGGCUGUCACGGAGGCCUCUCAGAUCGCCCUCAUGCUCGUGCGCUACAUCGGAGGCGGUCUACUUCUAGGCAUUGUCACGGGGAAGAUACUCGGUUUCCUGAUGUCACUGACGUACUACGACAUGUUGUGCGUCGUAACACUCACAUUCGCCGGGGCUUAUUUGACGUAUUACAUCGGUGAGAAGUACUUCUACGUGUCAGGGUUAUUGGCGACGAUCAUAGUUGGCGUGAUAGCGAGCAAUAAGAAGAAUACGAUCGCGGGGGACAUCGAGACGUCGGUGUCGCAUUGCUGGGUGAUAAUGGCGCAUGCGGCGAACACUUUGCUGUUUACUAUGGUGGGGGUAGUGAUAUUUGAGAAGAUCAGCUACAUCAUAACGGUGCGCCAGGUGACGCUGGUGUUCGUGACGUACAUGACAGUGUACUGCUCGCGGCUGGUGAUCUACUUCAUGAUGUUGCCGGUGCUGCGGCGCGUGGGCUACGGCAUGCUGUGGCAGCAUGGACUGGCGUGCGUGUGGGGUGGGCUGCGCGGCCCGCUGUCGCUGUGCUUCGCGCUGCUGGUGCUCCAAGCGCCACCGUUCACUGAGGCUGGGGAGGUGUUUAUAAUCCAAACAGCAGGUCUAGUCCUAUUGUCCCUACUGAUCAACGCGACGACAAUGACCAAAGUGCUAAAGAUGCUGGGAUUAGCUGAGAUAUCUCUGGCUAAAAAGGCCAACAUGACCAACUGUGUGAAACGGAUCAUGCUCACCAGGGACCGCUGCAUCUCCAUGUUGAAGAUGGACAAGUUCCUGGCUGAUGCUAACUGGGAUCUCGUGCAGGAAGGUACGACGAUCAAACACCCGUACCAGCUCCAAAUGCAAGGACGCGACGAGGAUAGUGAGGACGAGACGUACAUGGGGUACCGGUACACGACGUGUCCGGACUGCGAGCGAGAGAUACCCAACGAGCCCACUAAGAAGGAGUUUGCAGAGAUGAUGAGGGAAGCAAACCAACGCGUCCUGAAAGCCAUGAAGAUAUCGUACUGGCGGCAGUAUGAGCAUGGCAAGAUCAGCAAGGACGGCGUCCGGAUGCUGGUGCAGGCUGUGGAGGUGGCCACUGACUCUGAUGACGGGAGGAUCAAUCUGGAGCUCUUGGGCACGCUGUGGAAACCUAAGGCCCACGCUGUCUGGCUACGCCGGAAGCUGGUCAACAUAAUGACUCCUGAAGCCGCCAACGCUCAGGUGCCUCACAGCGCCUGGAGGCAGUUCUGUUACCGCCUCAUCACCAAGAUGUGGUUCGACCUGUUCAUCUACCUCGUCAUUCUGUUGAACAUGCCCGUCAUACUGUGUGAGGUGGCCAUGAGACCGCCAAUUGCGUAUUGGGUCACCAAUACUAUCAAGAUUUUGAAUGUAGUAUUCUACGUAAUCUAUAUUCUAGAGAUGGUGAUAAAGAUGAUAGCCCUCGGGGUGCUUGGGUACUUCAAGUCUCAUUGGAACAAACUUGAUUUUGUCAUCAUCGUUUGCGCCACGGGAGACCUAGUAUUGGACAUAAUAGACUCGUUAACACCCUGGGACAAGUGGAAUAACACCAACUCGAGUGUGCUCACUGCUACCAAACUGUUGAGGAUGUUGCGGUUCCUGCGUCUCUGUAAACUUGCCAGGGUGUCCGUUCCUACUGUGAUGGCCUAUAUAGAUCGCAUGAUAGACAUACAAUUAGCGUUCGGCUAUGACGUCGGCAAGGGGUUUGUGACAGGAGAGCAGGAAGUGAGCAACCUUCUACCACAGCUGGUUGAUAACAAAGAAAUACAGGAUACGUUGAAUGCUAGGUUGGAAGCUGACCGUUUGACAGUGACCCGCCAGCUGGGGCUGCUGCAGCGCGACCGCCCGUGGACCGCCAUCACCGUCAAGACCAAGCAAGCCACCACCUCCACGCUCAAUAUCAUGAUGCUCGAUGCCAUGCAGCUCAAGGAGGAAGGAUUUCUGGACGAGAUGGAAUACCGUCUUCUGAUAAAUUCCAUUCAAGAGAAAGUUCAGUUGUCUCGACAUAAAGGCAGCCUCGUCGCUCCCUCCUCACCUGAAACACAGUUAAGGUCCGUAUCCUGGCUGCAAGGAAACGAACGUGUUGCCGACUUUUUUCUGGAGAAUUCUGAAAUAAAACACUAUAAUUUGAACGAUAUUCUUAUAUCACGAGGUGACGAACCAAAAGGCAUCUACAUCAUAGUAUCUGGACUACUAGAAGCGACAUACACGCCUCCAGGGAUUGAAAUAGAAGAGGCCAUACCAAACUACGAAUUCCUGACAGACCUCAAGUUCGAGGAGCCCAGUCAGGAUUACGUCGUGUCUGGCAACGCUGUUGGGGUGCUAGGGGCGUUGACCAACCGUCCGUACAGCUAUACUGCGCGCUGCGAUUCCGCCGUGCAGGCGUAUUACAUCACCAUGCCGAUCGUUAAGGAAGCAUUCAAUCUAGCGCCUCAUCCCAUUCUCGGGCUAGAGUCGUCAAUGUGGCGCGAGAUCGGGAUCAAGCUGGCGAUGAUGGUGCUGCCCAGUGUGCCGGCCUACCACGGCCUCUCCACUGAGAAGCUCAACAUGCGUCUAGAACAUUCCUUCGUGCCAUGCCUUAAGGCGUUUAAGGUUUUCGUUGUAAACGAGUUGAUGGAAGACAUAGUCCUAUUGGACGGAGUCUGCCAGGACAUGGCUACGAGGGAAGUGUUCCAGCCGCCCUGCUAUAUACCCAGGACGGCCCACCGGCUCAUCUUCCCGAAGUCGUCGCAGCUGAUGGUGUCGGCCUCCUGCCCGGACACCCGGCUGCUGAUCGUGCCCGCCAAGGACACUGACGAGCUGGACAUCAUGGAGGACGAGGUCGACGACAUGCAGUGCGAGAUGGUGUCGAACGCGUCGUCCCGCUGCCUGUACCACCGCGCGGCCCGCAAGCUGUCGAGCGAGUCGCGGCGCACCAUCGUGCAGCGCGGCCGCGCCAAGCGGCGCCGCGGCGGGCAGCGGCGGGUCAACUACCGCGAGUCCGUCUGGGGGAAGAACACAUCAUCGGUGGGUUUCGUCGGAUUCAGCGUUAGCGAUAAAGAAAUGAAAGAACCACAACCCAAGUACUUUCAGGGAUAUAAUGACGUGACAGGAGCGCGACCCGCCUGUCGCCCGUCGCUUCGGUGUCGCACGUUGUGGCGUCAGAGACCGAGAUGGCUAGAUAUACGUACGAUAUGAAGUGAUAAUUUGGACAAGAACUGUAUGGUACUCUCAUGGCUCAGAUGUUAAAAGACAGAAUCUG